CGCCGAAGAGCCGUCCUUUCCGUGUCUUUUUUUAUAGUGCUCAUAGGAAUCUUUUACGUUUUUCUAUAACUACUCAAAAUGCGCGAAAUCGUCCAUAUUCAGACUGGCCAAUGCGGCAACCAAAUUGGAUCAAAGUUCUGGGAGAUCAUCAGCGACGAGCACAACAUCACCCCCCAAGGCGCCUACGAGGGCAACCACGAGCUGCAACUCGAGCGCAUCAACGUCUACUACAAUGAGGCGACAGGCAUGACCGGAUCAGGAGGGAAGUACGUGCCCCGAGCCAUCCUGGUGGACCUGGAGCCCGGCACGAUGGACUCCGUGCGGUCGGGCCCCUUCGGCCAGCUCUUCAAGCCGGACAACUUCGUCUUCGGCCAGAGCGGCGCCGGCAACAACUGGGCCAAAGGGCACUACACAGAGGGCGCCGAGCUGGUGGACGCCGUGAUCGACGUGGUGCGCAAGGAAGCCGAAGGGUGCGACCUCCUCCAGGGCUUCCAGCUGACACACUCCCUGGGCGGCGGGACGGGCUCGGGCAUGGGCACGCUUCUCAUCUCCAAGAUCAGGGAGGAAUACCCGGACAGAAUCAUGAACACAUUUUCUGUCAUGCCCAGCCCAAAGGUCUCGGACACCGUGGUGGAGCCGUACAACGCCACGCUCUCCGUCCACCAGCUGGUUGAAAACACGGACGAGACUUACUGCAUUGAUAACGAGGCCCUAUACGACAUCUGCUUCAGGACGCUCAAGCUCACCACACCCACUUACGGCGAUCUGAACCACCUGGUGUCCCUCACCAUGUCGGGCGUGACCACCUGCCUCCGCUUCCCAGGUCAGCUGAACGCCGACCUCAGGAAGCUGGCGGUGAACAUGGUGCCUUUCCCGCGUCUGCACUUCUUCAUGCCGGGCUUCGUGCCUCUCACCGCGCGCGGGUCGCAGGGCUACCGCCAGAUGUCCGUGCCAGAGCUUACGUCACAAAUGUUCGACGCCAAGAACAUGAUGGCGGCGUGCGACCCACGGCAUGGCCGCUACUUGACGGUAGCCACGGUGUUCCGAGGCCGCAUGUCCAUGAAGGAGGUGGACGAGCAGAUGCUGAGCGUCCAGAACAAGAACUCUUCGUACUUCGUCGAGUGGAUCCCCAACAACGUGAAGACGGCUGUGUGCGACAUCCCUCCGCGAGGCAUGAAGAUGUCGGCCACGUUCAUCGGCAACUCGACCGCCAUCCAAGACCCGUUCAAGCGUAUUACUGAGCAGUUCACCGCCAUGUUCAAGCGAAAGGCCUUCUUGCACUGGUACACGGGCGAAGGCAUGGACGAGAUGGAGUUCACAGAGGCCGAGUCCAACGUGAACGACCUGGUAUCUGAGUACCAGCAGUACCAGGAGGCCACAGUCGACGAGGACGACCUCUACGAGGAGGAUUAUGGAGGCAACACCGGCUCCUACGACAACAGGAUCGAAGAAUAUGCUGAGGAGACGGGCUCGUACGGCCGGAGCAGGCAAGGGUCCGGAAGGGCCUCCGCCACGCAGGAGGAUGCGGCCGGGGAAGAAAACGAGGGCUCCUAUGGAGGAGACGACAGAGAAGACGACGCGGGAGGCGACGACUAUGACAGACCUCCGAGCAAUGGGGGAGGAGGAGAGGAGGAGGAGGGCAGGGAGGGGACGGCCGAGUACGAGGAGUACGAGGAGGGUUCCUACACCGAAAACUAAGCUAUUUCUCCAAGUUCUAGUUCUCUUCACAAACUCGCACUCCACUGUGGAGAAAGUGCACAUAUGUCACACAACACCGUCCCUAGACUUACCAAUGCCGGGAAAAUGAAUUUUCUUAUGCUGAGAAAAAGACGAGAUAUCAGAGAUCAGUCAGUGAAAAUAAAAGAAUGCUCCAGUUUGAUGGAAUAAGUAUGAAACAAACUAAGAAAAAUCGUUUUCCAAGACACGGAAAAAAGACCACAAUAUGAACAUGUUGAGUGCUGCUUCGUUCAGCCUAUUUGUGCUUAUAUUUGUGUUGCACAUGCUACUGGAUAGGAGGAAGUUCCAGAUAUCAUGCAUUACAUCACUAUUACUGAGCACGGGUUGCUUUCCAGCUUAGAAUUAUACUUGUAAAGAAACUCUUAGAUAUGUCGUGCAUGAUAUCGAUUUCAUAUAUAUAUCUAUAUACCUAUGAAUUUGCAAAACACUCCCGGGUCAAUGACCAGCAGAAAAAAACACUACACAGACCAAAGUUAUUAAAAGAGGAGUCGACACGAAAUUUUCCUGGACUCGGCCUGAAGAUGAAAUCCAGGAAGCUUUCGAGGCUGUGAUCUCCUUUUCUAAUAUAUUUGCGUAUGAUGUCAUGUUUUUCUGCCACAUAUAUAUAUACUUUUGCAAUUGAGUGACUCAACUACGCUUGCCUUACCAACUACUUACUCAUGGACACAAGCAGCUUCUUUUCCUUCUUUAUGUUUCGAUGUUUACCCUUUGAUGAUCUUAUUAUUAAAAGUAAUUUGUGUUGCUGUUGCUUUCAGCUGACAUGCUCGGUUGGCUGCUUGCUACGAUGACGACGGUAGUUUUGGUAAGCUUGGCUAGCAAAAAAGGAGAUUUUAGGAUAAAAAAUAUUUUUCUAGAUACUGGAAUGUAACUUCAAAUAAAAUGUAAGCAUCUUCUUAUUCUUUCCCAAAUCUGU